AUGCGGUUCAGUCAAUUGACCUCGGCGCUGGUGGUUGCUGCUGUUGGUUCUUCUGCAGUCAAUGGACUGAAUAUUCUGAUUAGUAACGAUGAUGGGUUUGGUACCGCCAAUAUCCGCGAGAUGUACAAGGCAGUCAAGGCAUAUGGGCACACAGUUUGGAUUGUAGCCUCGGUCACCAACCAGAGCGGAGCGGGAGGAACUGCUAUCUAUACCACAGAGAGGAAUUUGACAAUUGACUCGGAAUUCGGUAUUGUCAAGAAGGGCCAGCCGUCCGUAGGAGCAGACCCCAAUGACUCUCAUAUCUGGUAUUAUAACGGUACGCCCUCGGCCUGCGUCCAGGUCGCCCUCGACUAUGUCCUCCCCCGAUACGCCAAUUUCAGCACUCCAGACCUCGUCUUGAGCGGCCCCAAUUAUGGCUUGAACCUAGGUCCCUUCCUUUACACGCUCGCUGGCACCCUUGGUGCAGCAUAUACAGCCGUUGAGCGGAGCAUCCCCGCAAUCGCCUUCUCAGGCGGAACCUCCGUUCAAACAGCCUACUACCACGUAAACACCACGACGUCUGCAGGACUGAAAGACACCGCGACCAUCUACGGCGAGCUUGCGGCAAAUCUCGCCCAGCAGCUUAUUACCAACGUUGCCAAAAAGGGAGGAGGGCGUCUUCUUCCCCCAGGCUAUGGAAUAAACGUCAACAUGCCAUUCAUUACAUCGUUCACUAACGAUUCCUGCAUCAACCCGCCAUUCAUUCAUACUCGUCUCACAGGUGGCGCAGAUGUGGACGAGGCUGUGUACAAUAGCACCACGGGACUCUUCACCUGGGGUAAUGUUGUGCCCGAAGGCGCAAACACCUGUAUCAACGGUGACUGUUCCUUGCCUGGAGAGACGGAUAUCCUCAAUGCGGGAUGCCAAUCAUCCGUGUCGGUAUUUACCGUUGACUAUGAUGCCCCGCUUGCAUGCCAUGCAAGCCCCGAUUUGAGGGGUGACCUGGCUCCUCUCGUGCAGUAUGCCAACUCAACGAUAAAGGUCGGUGGCUUGGAUGGCACAUCUAGUGUUACGAAUGGGACAGCAGUGAUUACGGCCGCAACUCCGACUUCGACACUGUUUCCGGUUGGUAAUGUGGGAGCUGGAAGUUUCCGGGUGUCUCGGGUUGCGAGUGGGCUUGGUAUGGUUCUCGUGGUUGUGGCUGAUUUGUGGUUGUGA